CGAUUUGAGAUUUCCCAAAUUUAAAGCGACACAUUCGCCGCAGCUUCCACCAGACCGUGAGCUAGUUGCCGGAAAAAUUAACGUAUAGAAACAAGGAUAUGGCAGGCGGCGGCGGGAAAGAAGGCGACUGGGAGUGCGGCGGAUGCCACAAUAGGAACUAUGCCUUCCGAUCCUUCUGCAAUCGUUGCAAGCAGCCGCGGCUUCUCGUCGACACCAAUACCCCUGCCGAUUCCAAGUGGCUUCCUCGGAUUGGCGACUGGAUCUGCACCGGUUGCACUAACAACAAUUAUGCAUCAAGAGAAAAGUGCAAAAAGUGUGGCCAACCUAAGGAGCUAGCAGCAAUGCCGGCAGUUGCAAUCCCCGGAGCUUCUGUCCCUACUCAUCCAACUUAUUUUGCCAGGGCCCGAGGAGGAAUGGAACAAAUGGUGAAUGUUGGAUCUAUCCAUCCAUCAAUCUCUUUGAACUCUGAUUGGUCCAUUGGAGGGGCCAAUCAAUAUGGAAACCAGCCUAGUGAUCUUUAUGGACUUCUGUCAGUAUCUAAUUGGCCCUUGGGGGGAGGCAGCAUAUCUGGACUAUCGUAUCCUAGCCAAGCAAAUCUACAUCCACCAGCUCCUAAUGGUAAUGGAUGGCGUAGUGGUGAUUGGAUGUGCACUUGUGGUUUCCACAAUUAUUCCUCACGUUUACAGUGCAAAAAGUGCAAUGCCCCUGCACCAAUAUCAGCACCUGCAUCUCUCGGCAGCCCUGUAACAGCUCAUGGAACAAAACGCCUGGCAUCUGAAGAAUUUGCUCACAACUUUGAUAAUAAGAGACUGAAUGCUGGACAAGCAUAUGGGCUCCAGCAACCAAAUUCAGGGCUUGACCCAUUCCAAAGUCGUGGUGGCAGUCAAGUGAACAGUAUGUACACUCCCAUGCACAGUGUUAAUACCCCAAUUCCUCCAAAUUGGCAAGUUAACCUUCAAGUAUCUCGCCUGGCACCAGCACCUGCACACGUUGGGAAAGGAGCAAAGCAAUGGCGUGAUGGGGAUUGGAUGUGUUCAAAUUGCAAUAAUCACAAUUAUGCCUCACGAGAACAAUGUAAUAGGUGCAAAAGCAUGAGAGAGGUGCCUGUUCAACCCGUAAGUGUUGCUUAGAGUCGUGAACCCCGAGAGCGUGUUGUGCUUCGUGUGAUUUCCCACCAAGGGAAUAAGAAGACUGCAGAUAUUUGCAGUGCGAUGUGUUUGUUUGCGGUGCGAUGUGUUUGUUUGGAAGUGUAUUGUAGAUUCAAUCAUGGUUGCCUGCCUGCGGCUGAUGGUAAUUUGCAGUAUUUGACGAACUAUGGAUAUUUUUUCCCUUUUCUUCGUCUUCUUUAAUAUUAUAGCAGAAGUGUUACCAAGUAUUAUUGUGUGGAAGUAUUUGUAUUCGAUUGAUAUUAAUGCAAAAAUAGUUGAAUCUCA